AUGAUAUCAAGUUUUAUAAAAUCAAUUCCAUUUUUGGUCUUUCUUGCAGUAGCCAUGGGAGGUGAUCCAGAAAUCACAGCAGACUUUGUAGUUCCAGCAAAUUACAGUGGUAACAGUGUAGUCGAUGGAAAUUUCUUUACUUUCACUGGCCUGCGCAACGUAGUUAACUCAAACUACCUACGAACUUUCACAGUGAAUAAAGUUAGUCCGGCAAACUUUCCAGCUCUGGAGGGUCAAGGUGUCUCUUACGCUUUUCUGCAAUUUCCAGCAGGAUCUAUCAACCCACCUCAUUCACACCCGCGUUCAGCUGAGCUAUUGUUGCUGUUAAAAGGGUGGCUGAAUGUUGGCUUUAUUGACACCAAUAACAAAUUAUAUGAAAAAACUCUGAAAGCUGGAGAUAUGUUUGUGUUUCCAAAGGGACUGGUGCAUUAUCAAUCUAAUGAUGAUCCAAAGGAAACUUCAACCGCUAUUUCUGCCUUUGGAAGUGUUGAUGCAGGCACAGUUUCUGUUCCUCUCAAUGUGUUUACCAGUGGCAUUGAUGAUUACAUUCUUGCUAGGGCUUUCAAAACUGAUGUUGCAACUAUCCAAAAGCUCAAGGAAGGCCUUGCACCCAGGGCCUAA